GGCUGCGGGGCGGCCGCCACAGCCCAGGGUCGCGAGUUGGCCGGGGGACCGUCGCGAGAGACUGCCAUGCCCGCGCCCCGCCUGCUGCCGGCCCUCGUCCUGCUGCCGCUGCUGGGCGCCUGCGUCUCUCUCCCCGCGGCAGCCGCCGCUCUCUACUUCCAGGAAGGGCAGAGCUGCCACAAGCCCCUGCCGCGCAAACCCGCCGGCCUCCGAACCUACCCUCGUCCCCAUGAAUAUUUGGAUAUCUCUGAGCUGCCCAAGAGCUGGGACUGGAGAAACAGAGAUGGAGUCAAUUAUGCGAGCACCACUCGAAACCAGCACAUCCCCCAGUACUGCGGAUCCUGCUGGGCUCACGGCAGCACAAGUGCCUUAGCAGAUCGCAUCAACAUCAAGAAGAAAGGCACCUGGCCUUCUGCUUACCUCUCAGUUCAGCAUGUCAUUGACUGCGCCGAGGCAGGGACCUGUCAUGGUGGAGAUCACAUAGGCGUAUGGGAGUAUGCUCACCAGCAUGGCAUCCCCGAUGAGACCUGUAACAACUACCAGGCAAAGGAUCAAAAAUGCAAGAAGUUUAACCAGUGUGGAACGUGUGUUACCUUUGGGGAAUGCCAUGUGAUAAAAAACUACACUCUCUGGAAAGUUGGAGAUUAUGGAACUGUCAGCGGCCGAGAAAAGAUGAUGGCGGAAAUCUAUGCAAAUGGACCAAUCAGUUGCGGGAUCAUGGCCACUUCCAAACUGGAUGAAUACACUGGAGGCCUGUAUGAAGAAUUCAAUAUCUUGCCUGUAAUAAACCAUAUCGUCUCAGUUGCUGGUUGGGGGGUAGAAAAUGGAACAGAAUAUUGGAUCGUCCGGAACUCUUGGGGAGACCCCUGGGGAGAGCGUGGCUGGCUUCGGAUUGUGACGAGCGCAUAUAAAGACGGAAGAGGAAGAUACUACAACUUGGCUUUGGAAGAGGAGUGUGCUUAUGGAGACCCAGUGCGCCCCUGAAGCUGCCACUGCCCUUCCUUUGACUGGUGCUUUUGAGACUUUGCUGUAAAAGGAACUAUCCUGCAAAACUUACUCAUAAUAACAAC